AUGUCGAGUGCGAUCAAGAGGGUACAUGCUACAGAGAAAUUAAAAGAAUGUGCAACUGAAAGAUACAGGAAAGAAAUUCUUGCAGUGUUUGAUGUAAGCACGUUUGAUGAUCAAGUUGAAAUCCAUCCCAAACAUCUAUGCCGAAAAUGUCUAAGAAAAGAUCAGCACCAGUCAUCUGGAAAAAGAAACUACGACUCACAGCAUUUUACAGCAAUUCAGUGGACUGAACAUCAGAGAAACAAUUGCCGCAUCUUACAUAAAGCUAAAGGAAGUAUUGUCAUUCCUAAUUCUGAGCUAUUAUCAACUAUUCAUGGACAUGACUGUAAUAUAUUCACCUGUGCAAUAUGUCAGUGUAUUUUGGGAUGUGGUACAAGCGUACAAACAAGCUGUGAACAUAACUUUUGCAGUGAGUGCCUCGGUAAAUACUUCAUAAAAAACAAAUGUAAAGUUUCACACCAUGUCCAAUUUGUAGCAGGAACAUUUCCCUAG